UCUCUCUCCCUCUCUGUUUCCAUACCGAAAGGUGCCGCAUCAUCAUCAUCAUCCCUCCCAUCCGUACAUCCCACCGUCCCACACUGAGCUGGUGGCUACUUUAGCUUUAGCUUCCUGUCUGUUAGCACCAUCUCUUCCUCUCUCUCUGUCUCUGCAGUGGGAUUGCCACAACAUCAAAGGCACCUCCCUCCCUCUCUCCCCCCUCUCUCUGCAUCUUCCACCAUCCGACACUCAGGAAGAGAAGAAGGGAACGAGAUGGACUAAAGGAGAAGAAGAGAUGUGUUUACUCCAAUGAGGUUCGUCCGCCCACAGUAGGAAUCCUGUACCUCUCUGUCUCUCACCAUGAGCAUCGCAGCUCUCUCACCUGUGGCCCCUGAGCCGCUCUCUCCGAUGAUCACCUCUGUCACCCCGACUCUGGACCCCGACACUCCCACCCCCUCCGCUACUGUUUCCACUGUUCCUCUCAGUCUGGACCAGGAGCAUCAGUCCCAGGACGGGGCCUCCUCGCCCGGCCCGGGCCCCAGCAGGGGCAGCCUCACCGGGGGAGGACCUCACCUGGGCAGAGACCCCUCCCAGAGGUCAAAGAAACCUCCACCUCUCCACACUGGAGCCGACUGGAAGGUCGUCCUCCACCUACCGGAGAUCGAGACGUGGCUGAGAUCGACCAGCGACAGAGUCACGCAGCUCACACACUCUGUGGGACAAGACAGCGACAACAGACACGUGGACGUCCACCUGGUGCAGCUCAAGGACAUCUGUGAGGACAUCUCAGACCAUGUGGAGCAGAUUCAUGCCCUGCUGGAGACAGAGUUCUCCCUAAAACUACUGUCCUACUCCGUCAACAUCAUCGUUGACAUCAGGACGGUGCAGCUGCUGUGGCACCAGCUGAGAGUCUCAGUUCUGGUUCUGAAGGAGCGUCUGCUGCAGGGCCUGCAGGACUCCAACGGGAACUACACACGCCAGACUGACAUCCUGCAGGCCUUCAGCCAGGACCAGCACCAGACUCGCCUGGACGCUCUGACAGAGGUGGACGACUGCGGUCAGCUGACCAUUCGCUGCAGCCAGGACUACUUCUCAUUAGACUGUGGCAUCACCGCCUUUGAGUUGAGUGAUUACAGCCCCAGUGACGAGCCUGAGGCCCAGGAAACUGAGCAGGACAGCGAGGAACCCCCUCAGGAACUCGAUCAAACCCAAGGCCCAGAAGGCGAAGGACCCUGCCUCUCGAAUCACGAACUCCAUAACAGUUUACCUGAACUCGCCACGCCCGCUGACUCAACAAACCACAACCAUUCUCCGUCAAUAUUACCCAGUAUCCCCAGCCACAGUGAAAGUGCGAAGCGCCCUCUGCAGGGUGUGAGCCACAGCACCGAGGUGUCGCCCACACAGCCAUCACUUCCCAAGAGAGCCGCUCUGUUCUCGGACGGAGGAACCAGGGUGGAGGACAGGAGGGGAGGACUGAGGAAGGUCAGCCCGCUCUCUGGGCUCCAAUUCCAGGCCGAGCUGAGUCGGAGCACCCCGUCUCUCAUGGAUCCUCCAGACCGCUCCAAGUUCUGGUUGGAACUGGACUCAGUUUAUCCAGAAAAUGUUUCACAGUCCUACGAGAGUCUGCAGGUCAUGAACGGGCGCAACCUCCAGAGAAACAAUGUGAGCUCCAGGCAGGGAGGACGCUCGCAGGGGAGCGUCCAGAGACUGCUGACCGACCCGAGGAGCCCAUCUGGGGUCAGAUCCCCCACCACCGCCCCCCCGCCUCUCCAAGCUCCGGUGUCUCAGAAUGAAAUAUCAAAACAAAUGGAGAGGACGCAGAAGGAGACACAUGCACACAGUGAGGGGGACUCUGACUCCUCGUUGCCCUCCCCCAUGAGGGAGCAGUUCCUCUCCUCAGACCUGGAGGCGUCCGGAGAGGAGUCAGACCCCCGACCACGGCCCGGCAAGACGGCGGUUUGGAUCGUGAAGCGCCAGGGGCAGAAGGGCGCCCAGGUUUCAUCAAAAGCCAGCCCAGACAGAGAGCACUGGUAUGGGUCAGAGGAGUUCCUGGCCCUCCCUGCUCAGCUCCGUAAGACAGAGAUGCUCGCGAUGAAGCUGGAGAGUCUGGCUCAGUCCAUCCCACUGAGGCCCAGUGGCUGUGACUCUACCCAGGAUGCUUUGCAGGAUGUGGAUGACUGGGAUUUGACAGAGCUCAACCCAGACUGGGAUGUCGGGGAGAGCGCGGACAACAUGAGCAGCAUAGGAGAGAGCGGGGACGACAUGCCUUCUCUUCUGCCACCACUGCUUCCUUACAGACGAAACCUGGUCAGCCGCUUUAGCUCCACCUCCUCCAGCGAUAUCGCUCCCUCAUUGGACGAAAGCAUUGAGUCCGGUCCGUUAAGCGACCUGCAGUCUGAAGAGGACGAGGGACGGAGGUCUGCAGACCGUCGCCUGCAGCUGAUAACGCCCCCGGUGGACAUGCGUGGAGGUGCGUCCCUGGUGCACCAGCUGCUGGAGGACAUUCAGAAUCAAGACAAUGAUCCCGCCAUCUGGAAGAAGAUAGAGUGUUUCGUGCAGCAGUUGGACGGGUUCAUCUCGUGGCUGCAGGAGGCGCUGGACAGCACCGAAAACUGGACGCAGCCCAGACAGGAUCUGGACAGCCUGAGGGUGUACCUGGACACACACCUGAGUUUCAAGCUGAACGUGGACAGUCACAGCGCUCUGAAGGAGAGUGUAAUGGAGGAAGGCAGAGCUCUGCUCACCGUCAUCACCUCCCACCAAUCAGGUCUGAAGGAUAUCCUCCAUAUGGUUUCCAGCCAAUGGGAUCAGCUCCAGCGGCAGAUCCGGCGCCAACAUGGCUGGAUGCUCCGCGCCCUCCGCUGCAUCCAGGCCCGCCUCCUCUACACCAGCCAAUCGCACGAGCACUUUGCAGCCUCGGGGGACCUGUCAGCCAACCGGCAGGCUCCGUGCUCAUCGGACGGCCUCAAGGCUGAGCUGAUCCCCAGUCAGUGUGAAGCCCAGCGAGCCGCCCUGGCAGAGCAGAUGGCAAUCAAACUGAGAAGCCUGCACUACCCAUCAUCGGCCAGCAGGAGGCACUACAGUCAGCUGGCGAGGAACAACAGUCUGCAGGACUUUGAGACCGAGUACCAGGAGCUCUGGGAUUGGCUGAUGGACAUGGACGCCAUGGUAACAGACAGUCACCAGCUGAUGAUGUCAGAGGAGCAGAGACAUCACCUCUUCAAGAGCAGCCACGCUGAGCUGAUGAUGAUGGAGAGCAGGAAGACGAGCCUGCUGGGCCGAGCAGAGUCUCUGAAGAGGAGCGGGACCGAACUGCCCGAAAACUUCCACCGCAGAGUACACAACCUGACGCACACGUGGAGACAGCUGGAGAAAAUCCUCUCGGAGCAUUCAGGACCCAGUUCCUCCUCCCAGCAGAACCAGUCAGCCAACAUGAACUCUCUGCUGGUGGGUGGUCGAGGCGUUGCUGCCGUGGAGAACCCUCGCUCGGCGCUCUCCCCGCUGACCAACUCGCUCCUGGAGCAGCUGGAGGCUCGAAUCAAAGAGCUGAAGGCGUGGCUGCGAGACACCGAGCUCCUCAUCUUCAACUCCUGCCUGGGACGGGACAAAGACGCCUCGGAGCAGCUUCAGAGCUUCAAGUCUCUGUGUUCGGAGGUGCGAGCCCGACGCCGAGGAGUCUCCUCUGUUCUGAAACUCUGCCAGAAGCUGCUGCAGCAGAGCCAGUCGGGCCCCAUGGCGGAGGUGGGCCCAGAGGCGGAGCAGCACCGGGAGGCCCUGCAGCUGCUGUCGAUCAACCUGGAGAGGAGGUGGGAGGCGAUCGUGAUGCAGGCGCUGCAGUGGCAGAACCGACUGAAGAGAGAGCUGGGAGAGCAGCAGGUUCCUGGGAGCUUUCUGGAACCUGGUCUAGUCGACCUCCACCAGAUGAGCCCGGUCCCAGCUGGUCCAGUAGCACCGCCUCCUGAUGACUCCUGGGAAUGGGAUGAAACCGACAUGACAAUCACAGAACUAGAGCCACAACAAGUACCACAACCUGACCUUAUGCACAACCUCUCCUCAGAACCAAAUCUGCCUUCGGACAGCAUUCUGUCAAAUGGGAAUCAAUCCGACGGGAUUCAAACCGGUGUCCCAGCCAAUCAGAGUCCUGAGAUGAUGUCCAAUAUGAGGGAGAGAUCCUCAUCUGAGAUUCAGCCCAGUGUGAUCUCCCAAACUCUUCCUCCUAACAAUAAUAACGUCUACCAGGUGUACAGCCUCCACAGUGUCGAGUUAUACAGACAGCCUCAGUUUCCUCUCUCCUCCUCCUUGCUGCACAAAUCCAAAUUAGGAAAACGCAAACAGCACCUCCUUCUGAAGAGCCUGAGCAAGGACUCCUCGUUCUCCUCCAUCGAAUCCCUCCCAGACCUCCUGGGAGGUUUGAUGUCAAACAGCCGAGGAGGAGACAGAAUUGUUGGAUACCAGGAUGUGGAGAGUGAGAGGGAGAGCGGCAGAGGAAGCGGCCAGUCAGCAAGCAGUCGGCGGUCGGAGAGCGAAAGCGGGAUCGUAAGUGAUACAGGAGAGAUGGAGACAACGGCAAACUCUGAAAUCCAGGAAGAGGAGCAGGGGGAUGAGGAGGAAGAGGAAGAGGAAAAGAAGCAGAGGAAGGAUGAAACUGUAGAUGGGAGCCAUUUGACUCGGCACAAAAACACCAGGUACAACCAAAGAACCAAGAGAGAGGAGAGUAUGAAGGAGAAAGGAUGGAGGAGAGAGGACAUUAGAGGAGGAAACAGAGAGGAGGAGAAAAGGAGGAGGCACAGGAGGGGAGGUGCUGAGGCUGUGGAGAUUCUAAUCAACUGUCGUGGAAUCCUGACUCCUGCUGACUCUGACUCUGACUUUGAGGUGGGAGGACUCGGUGUAGGCUCCUCCAAGCCCUUGAUGUCCUGCAGUGACAUCACAGGGUUCAAAGUUGACCAGAUUAACGGUUUGGAGACUCCUCCUGCUCUCAGCCGCCAGGCGUCCAGUCCAGUUUUGUCUCAGGGCUCCUCUCUGGAGUCUCUGCUGGCUCUGGGUGUGGAGUUGUUCCCCUGCAAAGAUCAGCUGCAUCGUAGCGCCUCUCUGGAGAGCUGCCUGGCCCCGUGCCGUAGUGCUGAAGAGACCGGAGGCAGUCUUGCCAGCCUCGGGGAGUUGGACCUGGGGCAGAGCAGGGAGGUGGACGGAGGUGAACCAGAAAAGGAGAAGAACACUGAAAGCGUGCAAGGAGAACCGUCCUCUGGGGAGCUGAGCAGAAGAACUCUCGAUCUCCUGAAACGCCUGGAGAACAUCCAGAGUCCUCUGGAGGCGAAGAUGACCCGCAGUGUUUCUGACAUGACGCUUCGGAGCAGCUCCCCACAGCGGAGCAAACUCCCUGCCUCACCAUCUCUUGGUGGUCAUCACGCCCCCCUCUCCGGGGUUUCAGGCUCUUUGCGGAAAGGACCGCCAUCCCUGAUCAACGAAAGUUCUGCAACAGCAUCACUAACGGAGCUGAGUAGCACUGAGGACUCGUCUUUGGGGUCUGAAGAUUUCGCUAUGCUCAGAAAUCAACGCCACGUCUUCCUGGAUCCCACCAUGGCAGCCAACGCCAACUCCAGCUCUCAUAAGAAACGUUGCCACGGACACACCCGAGGAGGGCAGGGGAUGGAUGAAGCAGAUGCAGCAAGUCUGAGUUUGGUGGUGAACGUCUCCUGUACGUCAGCAUGCACAGAUGAAGACGAGGACGACAGUGACCUUCUAUCUUCCUCCACACUCACACUCACCGAGGAGGAGCUCGGCGUCCGGGAUGGAGAGGAUGGAGAGGAUGGAGAGGAGGAGAGGUUGAGCGGCGCCUCCUCUGGUAAUGAUGAUGAUGAAGAUGAUGAUGAAGAGGAGAUGGAGGGGUCUUAUGUCCUGGGUCUGGAGUACAUGAAGAGGGAGCUGCAGAGUUGGAUCCGAUCUCCUCGAGCCUCGUCUUGCUCCUCCUCUAAAACAGAAGCAGGCCUCAGGGAUGAGCUGCAGUGUGGGACCAACCUCUCCUCCACCUUCACCUCCUCCUGUCAGAACAAGGAGCAGCACUCCUUUCAAAACCGCUCAAAAUUAAUAGAAACCAACACCAACAGUGGCAACAACAAAACCAAAAGGGAGAAGAAAGAACAGGAGGAAGAGGAGGAGAACCGCAGGAACGCAACAAGAAGCUACAUCAGCCAGUUUGUGGACGACGUGGAGAACGGGAAUGUGGAUCAGAGCUGUUUAAAAGGGAAAGAUGAGGACGACGAACUCCUCCGAGAGGAGUCGAGCGUGUUCACAAAGAAAGGAGAGUCACUGAGGGAGACGUACGUGUUCCCCAAAACAGGAGAAACAGUUCAGGACGUCAGCGACUUGAUCGUAAAAACAGAGUCAAACUCAACGAAGCAGCUUUCUCCAUCAUCGUCCUGUGAGCUCCUCCCCUUCCUGUCCAAACAUGCUUCCUCUUUAGUCGGACAGCUGAGAGGGGAGCUGCCCUGCCACAGCUCCUCCGUCCCCUCGCCUCCUUCCCUCUCUCCCGUCGAGGACUGCAGAUCCCAUGAUGCCUUGCACAGCAGCAGGCCAGCCACCGGGGGACGGAAGUCCAUCACCAGUCAGGAGAAGUUCAAGUUCUCGUCUUUUGUGACGGAGCAGACGAGGAGGGAAGUCAGAGACAAAGCAUCGUCCCUGCCACCCAGAAAACGCCACAACUCUCACUCCUCCUGCUGCAACCACCUCCCCUCCCCCUCCAACCUCCGGCCCUGCAGUGUAGACGAGGGCAAGAAAGAGAAUGUGCACGACUUUGUGAUGGAGAUUAUUGACAUGACGUCACUGGCGCUGAAGAGCAAAAAGAAUCAGCCUGAAGAGCCGAACCAGACCGACAGCAGCGGGUCCAAACCAGACCAGGGUCCUGCAUCACUGACACAGAUCAAAGACAAGGUCCUCGAACACUCCCACCAGCCUCUCCACCUUCGUAAAGGAGACUUCUACGCCUACUUGUCUCUCUCCUCCCAUGACAGCGACUGUGGCGAGGUCAGCCAGUGCUCUGAAGAGAAGAGCUCCACGCCGGCGCCCUACAGCAUCCCGACUUACGUUACGCCAACACAAGGCCUCCACAGCCCGAGUCCUGAGCUGUUCACAAGCACCAGGCAGCAAAUGUCAAACUCUGCUCCGUCCUCCAGACGCUCCUCUCCUGGCCCCGACUCCAAGAACAGCUUCUGUACUCUUGAUUUGAAGUCAGUUAAUGGUGAGGAGCGCACUAGCCCCUCUCUGUCGUUGCCCCCCAGCCCAGACAUCAGGGACGAGGAGACCCUGUUUGCCGCGUGUACGGAGGAGGUCUACCUGGGCCCGCCUCUCUGCUACAGCAUGGUGCUCACCAAGAAACCACGGCGGUUCUUGCUGAAGGAAACUUUGGAGUUUUUGCCCUCCCUGGACUCUGGCUACAAACAGAAGGACAGUCUAGCUUACUCGCCUUGUUCAGAACCAAAUGACAGUCUUCAAGAGGAGCCUGGUUUCACACCAGGUGAUAGUCUGAGCUACCUGACGCCCUCAAAGGAGCUGGUGUUGGAUCAAGAGCAGGAUCACCUGUAUUUCCAAGGCUCCAGUCCCACAGAGGAAACACAGGGCUCCUUCUCUCCUCUCCCGGAGCCUUGUUACAGCUCUUUUUCCACCUCCUCGCCCUCAAACAGCGUCUCCGCCUCUCUCCAGGGGCCCGGCUCCAAACCAAAAGCUGACAACCCUUCCUCUCCUCCUCCUGUGUCCUCUGGCGCAGAGGAAGAGAACCGAGGUGAGGACCCGUACCUCCUCUGUGAUGUCGCUGGAGGAGAAGUCGCGGCCGCUGCGAGUGUCAGCGCGCCGCAGGAGGAGAGGAGUCGUAAUGAGGGGCCUCCUUAUCUUAAUCCCCGGGCGCGUGUCGCCCCGAUAGACUCCUCCGCAGCCGAAUGUUUGGCAGAUACUAAAGCGCUUGAAUCCAAUAUGGGCGCCGUAAUGACCAAGAUAAGUGUCUGCAGCUCCGCUACAAAUCCCUCAAAAGAGGCAGCCACCACCGCCACGCGUAUUAAUCCCAAAAUUAACUGCUCGGCGAUGAGAGAGGCAGAUAGGGAGGAGGGGGAGAGGCGAGGAGAGGUGGAUACUCGGCGGGUGAAGCAGGAGGAGAAGGGGAGGAGAGGGCGGAGCGGCUCGCAGCAGGAAGCAAAGACAGCGGCGGAGAAGCAGGUGAGCUCUCAGUCAGGUGUCAGUCACUCCAACAGAACAGCACAGGGGCGGAGUCAAACCUCAGCGAGACUGCCCACCUCCAGGACACGGACAGUCAGUAGACUACCUGUGUUGGGAGCAGGAACCUCCAGGAUCCAGCUGUAAGGGAGCUCUCUCCAUCUCCUCCCCGCUGAGCUGAUCUCUCUCCUGGGCUUCGUCUCUGCUGCGGCUGCCCCCCCCCCCCCACUCCUCCUCUCUGCUCCUGGAGCCUUCUCACCUCUCUGAUCUCCCAAAUCUCACUGCUGUAACUCAACGGUUUGUUUAAGAAACUGGACUGAAAACUCAUCCAGCAGUUUCAGGGUUAAACCUCACGACUGAUUUCAACUUUUUCACAGUAAUGAUGAGUCUGAUUUUCAGGGAGUGAUGAUGAAGCAGCUUUAUUUUGGUUUGGCUGAACAUAUUUUUGAGUUAGUCUGUGGACAAUAUGUAGAAUGUACAUCACAAUACAAAGAAGAUUUAGCCGCUCUGAAGAAAACAAUGUGGUAACAAUACAUCCAACGACCGUUUAAAUGUGAUUAUCUCAUUGAUUUUAUUGCAGAGAAAUCCCAUAUUUCUGAACAGAACAUCACGACACAGAAUUGAUUAGUUUCCUGCAGCUGUAUAGUUAUUUCACUUAUUAGUCAUACAGUUACACGUCCAAUUUCUCAUAUAAAAUUAGACUAAACAGGAAGAAACUCUACCAACAAAAUGGCUUCUUACAUCUCAGUGAAGGCAACCCAACAUCAGCUUAAUCUUUGUAUUCAUUGUGUUUUCAUACAUUUUCUUUUAUAAUUUUUUCAAGCAUGUUUCGGUUUGACUCUGAGGCGCAGAGGUCGGACGAUGCUACUUGAACCUCUGAACUGUGCCAGUGUCAGACACACUCAAACAGGACGAACAAAACACUCAAAGUAAUGAGUCUGAGGAAGCUUUGGAUGUGACUGAUGGAGGGAAUGACGCUGACCUGGGAUCAGCUUCUACAGGUUAACACACAGAGGGACACUGUCGUCUUCAUGUGUCUUCUUGUUGAAGCUGCUUCCUGUUGUUGACUAGACGCUGGUUGCACAAAGAAAGAAAUGUUAGACGUGUCUACUGAGUUAUGCCAAAUAAGAAUGGGGACAGCAUCUUCCUACGUCACUAGCCAGCUAGCUACCAAGCUACAUCCCUGAAAAAUAGUGAUAGCAAAGUUUCGAUGAGAUCAACAUGGCUGUAAAAGUUGUUAGCAGACUAAAGGUGUGUUCACACCGAACGUGAUGCGAGCAUUUUGAGCGACAAGAUUUAAUACAAGUCAAUGCAGAGACGCAAAUAGCCAGGAUUCGCGCCAGGUGACGCAAAUGACGUGAAAUUCACGCUAUUCAGUUGAAGAUUUUUAACUUGACUGGGAAAUUUGCGUGACGCUGUGUGACACAAGUCUUUUAGUUUUGAGAUCCAGUUGAGAUUAUCGAGACAUUACUGAGUUAAUUUAAUUUUUUUAAUUUAAUUUUAUAUACUUUAUUAAUCCCCGAGGGGAAAUUCAAUUUGUCACUCUGUUUGUCAAUUACACACAGGUCCGAACACACACAUGCACAAACUGGACCUAUACAUGCACUAAGUGGAGAGAUGUCAGAGUGGGCUGCCCAUGACAGGCGCUCCGAGCGGUUGGGGGCAGUACCCAGGAGGUGAACUGGCACCUCUCCAGCUACCAGUCCACACUCCAUAUUUUUUGAUCCGGACGGGGACUUGAACUGGCGACCCUCCGGUUCCCAACUCAAGUCCCUAUGGACUGAGCUACUGCCGCCCCAAAUAAUUAAUAUGAGUAAGUUACAGUCUGAUCAUCUCAGUUAUAUUUCAUUUAAUAACAUAAAUUGUACUUGUUUGGUUAAUCUUAGGAUUACUAGACUCAAUUGGAUGGAAAUUUUAUAUGAAAUUUAAAUAUGUACACAAAACAAAAUCGACGAAAUAAUUAAAUAAUUAUUAAAACAUCCUGAGUGAUUAAAUGAAAAAAAGUCAGUUCAGUUUAACCUGCAUCUUAUAAAAACACUUUUGAACAUGUCGGUUGGAUAACAGGUUUCCAUUUUUGGGAAUUAAAGCAGCAUUAAGUCAUUGUUGACCACUAGGGGGCAGACAGAUUGAUACGCACUUAGCCAACUAAGUUGUUCAGCCAAAAUGUUUGCAAACAGUCGCACAGAGUCGUCUAAUUUAAUGUUGAUAAGCUUUAACUUUUUCCUGACGUCUGACGCUGAGUCAGACCUGAGUCUUUGAGCAACCAGCAACUUCUUCUGUUUUUCUCUCUCCACGUCACCCCUCACCUCCUCUUCUGCUCCUGUAGUUUCCUGAAGAUACCUCAGUAUUUUUCACUUGGACACAAACACAUCUUCAGCCAGUCUGCAUGACUUCUUACUGUGUCUCAGUUUUUCAAGCUGCAGUCGUGUACACUCUGAUAUCUAAUAUACACACUGUUAAACGUGUACGCUGCGGCGCUGCAGCACCAGUAGCAUGUGACUUCCUAACAGAUAACACUCGGUCUGUGUCUGUAGAUGAUGUCAGUAUUCAUAAUCUGUCGCUGUGACAAAACUCAGUAGAUCUAUUUACAGUUGUAGCUUUGGUAGAAGCUCGUCACCCUGUAGUAUCAGCACCACGCUGCAGACACAACAAACGAACACAUGGACUCAGUUUGUUAAAGCUGUCGUUGAGAAAUAUUAAAGGGUUGGAGGAAGUUGCUGUGAGCAGAUGAAGAAGAAAUCUCGUCCUGAUUUACAGAUGCAGUGUUGAGAGAACCAAGACUCAGAUUCAUUGAAGCUUACUCAGUACAAAGAGGCCAAUAAGUUGUGUUUUGCUGUAUUUAUAGAAGCUAAAUCUUCUGAACUGGAUGAUCACGAGUGUAAAGGAAUACUGAGGAUUGAGGCUCGAAAAGGAAAAUCAUGACCAACUGUCUAAAGCCUCGUCUCCACCAAACACUUUCAGUCCAGUCCCUUUGGAACCAGCAGUAACCCUUCAGACAUGGUACCUAGACCCUCGGUCUGUUCAGACAGUCCUCUUAAAUGUGGGCGAGGUUGUUGUCACUCACUGCUCCGUCCAGCACUCGCUGUAUUUCCUCAUCAGUGGUGACACAGAUGGAAUCUGCACCUGGUUUAUCGUCCACAGAACGAGGCUGCACGCCCACAUUUUCAGAACAAAAUAGAACAGGCUGCAGUGAGAGUCUCUCUCCAUGGGAUAUUUAAAAAUAGCAGCUUUGUGCAUUUAGUCCUUCUCAGGCGGGAGCAGUGUAGUGCUGCCGCAGCUCAGCAGAGCGACGCCCUGCCACGUUUUCUUUUUCUCCAAGCAAGGAUUAGAAUAUAUGCUGGUUGAAAUUCAUAUACAUGUUUGAAACACUUAAAGUGUAUGUCUUUGAAGAAGGACAGUAAAACAACUGGAAUGCUCAGAGGCAGUGAACCAUCUUUUCAUUUUAUAGUUAUCAGUUGCUAAUGUAUGAAAAACUUGCCACAGUAUGAACAGAGGUUACAUAAAACCAGACACAACUCAGCCCUGAGCCCUGAACAGCAGCAGUUUUCACAGCUCUACCUUUUAGUACCAGAUCUGUGUGCUAGGUACUAGGGAUGGGCAAACGAUCAAAAUUCAUUAUUCGAUCAUGAAAAAAAUUAACGAUCAAUUAUCGAUUCAUUGAUAAGCGAGUAUUUCAAAAGAGAGAAAACAAAAGAGUGCAGUGCAGACUGUCGCCGCAAGAGAGCGCAGCUGCCCCAGUUUUGAGCUUCAACCCCCCAGGCCAAAGAGGAAGAAUGGCGCUCAUGCGCAGUUCACCCCUGGGUGUUUACAACCGUUGCCAGCCAGAGUUACAGGCUUCAGUUUUCAGAAAAACCUCCGUCUUUCAAUGGCGUAGUGUUUUCAGAGGCCUCAAGGGAAGCCGCUGAGGCUUUGGAGAGCGAUGAGAGCCUCCGUCUGUUUCUGAUUUUUUGCCUGGCAUAGGUCUCGUAGGCCCGUUGAGCCGCCGUGCUCGCCAGGCGGAAGGGUCUCCUUGGCGCGGGGGGUCUCGUUGGCACGGCGGCUCGCCGGACCUAUGCCAGGCAUUGUAGGGGAAACACUGCGACUAUCGAUCAAAAUUAUUUGUGAUCGAUCAAAAGCCUUAACAAUCAAUCAUCGAUAAUCGAAAAUUGAUGCCCAUCCCUACUAGGUACCCCAACAGAGGGGGGACCAAACAUGGGGACGCUAAGGAACGGUUCCAUUGGUACCAUCCACAACUUUUCACUGUGGAAACGUUAAACUAACCGUUCUAAUGUGUACCGAACUGGACUGAACUGAACUGGACCUCUUGGAGGAAACGAGGCUUAACACUGGUAAACUUUGAUUUAGUCGUGCACGUCCGACUCAUUUCCAGAGUUGAUUUGGAGUCAAACUCUCGGGUUCAGCUAUUGAGAACUGGUCAGGUUGUUCCUUGCUGCUGAUUGAGAAUCAGCUGUACUCUAAACUCUAGAUGUUCUGGCUUAGUAAAUCGAUGAUGACUACCUGAGGUGGUGAUGAUGCUGUGGUGAAUCCCCCGUAGACCAAUUGAUCUGAAGAAAGCACAGCUCAGCCUGCUAGCCCGGUGCUAGUCUAUUCAGAGGCCAGUACAGUUUCCUCUGAGUUCCUGAACAAGAAAAUAUUCUCUGCAAGUAUUCUUGGUCAGUCCAGUCAGCAUUGACGUGGUGAAUUCUCUGUAGAUCUCAUUUGUGGGCGGACAGGGUCAAGCACUCUUGGUCAUGAACUUCCAUGUUGAUACAUGACUCAACCCUUAGUUUUCUCUCUAGGGAGGAAGUAGUGCUAAUCCUCUGCAGACCAUCUCAUUUAGGGAAGGACAUGUUCAUCCUGAGCCUUCAAGUAUUCAUAGGCUGCGUUCUUUGAAGGAUGAUCUGUUUUGUGACCAGACAUCGUUCUGAAGUCCUGAUUGAUCCUAAAAACUGAUAAUCUCGGAGGUUUGGUGAUGAAUUAAAGGAUAAACCUGCUGCUAUGGUGGAAGACGUCACUGUGCUCUGAUUCGAUGGAUAUUCACACCCAUCAGGUCAAACGUAGCUCUACCUGAGUACAUCCUGAACUAAACCUUCCGCCUCUCAGUGUCUGCAAACUGAGGGUCGAACCACGAGUCCAAAAAAGGGAAAUAAUAAAGACAAGACGGGAUUUAAUCUAUGCAACACGACCAAAGUUGGCGAAAGCUGAAACGGUGUUGUUGUGUAGGCGUUGAGGUUUGAUGACUGUUGAUGGGGACGUGUGUUGUUAUUAAAACUGCUGUACGUACUGUAUGUACACCACGACUGUACCAUGUAUUGUUUUCUUUUUUUUACUUUCUAGACAACUCCUGAAAUGAUGAUUAGCAGUGACGCCGGGGUAUUCUGGGGACUGGUGUUGAGACAGGUGUGUGUGUGUGUGUAGGACAAAAUAGGGUUUGAAAUCUUUCAAAUAUAAUUGUGUGCCUUGCUCUACUGUUACUACUUCUACCUUUUGUUUUGUUAAUUAAAACCACUGCUUUCCCAGUAAAGUGAUGAAAACAUGCAACAACAAAAAAAAUAAAAUGAGAAACGAAAAGUUUCAAGCAAGGUUCAGGUGGAGCUUGUGUAUAUAUGUAAAGGUGUGGAACCUUGGUGUACAAUGCAGAGGGAGGAAUGCUUGGUGUUUGUGUUUAUUUAACUCUGUAUGUGACCUGUGAUGUGGAAUAUCUUUAUUAUUAGUAUUGGCCAUAAAGAGCUUGACUGCAUGGUUCCUGCUAACUACAAUGUAAAACCAACUGUUGACAAAUAAACUUAAUUUAU